CUGCUCAGUCAUGUUGGAUUCUGCUAUUUAAGAGUCUGUCCCGGACAUGUGUUAUCACCACCUUCGGUUGCCUUCCCUGCCCUCCAGUGCAACGCUGGUCCAUGUCGGGCACUCCUCCAGGAACCCUUUCUUCCGCUCACGUACCAGACCAAGAUGAUUCAAACGAUCUUCAUUUCACCCAGGUUACAGGUGACGAAGGCGGGUCUGCCGAGACCAAGGAUAAGACUCAUGAUAAAGAGUACGAUUGGGAACACGACCCUGUGAACCCCAGGAAUUGGCCUCCAUCAAAAAAAUGGAUAACGAUUACACUCGUUUCGUUGUACACGUUUGUUACGCCGUUAGCAAGUUCUAUCAUGGCACCUGGUCUGCCGGACGUGGCCAUAAAAUUUGGCAUAACAGAUCCAACGGUCACAGCGUUGACUCUGAGUAUCUUCCUUGUAUCGUUUGCCAUCGGUCCUUUAUUUGCGGCUCCAUUGUCGGAAGUUUAUGGUCGUGUGUGGGUGCUCCAUCUAGGAAACCUAUUCUUUCUCGUAUUUAAUCUCGGCUGCGCUUUAUCACCCAACACUGUAUCUUUCAUAGUUUUCCGGUUUCUCGCUGGAUUGGCGGGGAGUGCACCUAUAUCAUGCGGCGGAGGCGUCGUGAGCGACCUCUUCGCGGAACACGAGCGCGCCUCGGCUAUGGCACUAUUCAGCAUUGGACCCUUGAUAGGCCCUGCUAUAGGUCCCGUUAUGGGUGGUUUUAUCGCGGAAUCCGUGGGUAUACAGUAUGUUUUCUAUAUCGUCGUCGCGAUCUCUGGUGUUGCUGCAAUCCUUGGCUUCCCUCUCUUGAGAGAAACCUAUGCACCAGUGAUCAGGCUUCGUCUUGAUAAUAUGGCACCGGAUCCCGAAAAGACAACCGCGGGACAUCCUGCCCUCCCAGCACCCUAUGUGGACAAGUGGUCUUACUUGUGGACCAACCUCAAGAGACCAGCCAUUCUGUUGACUCGUAGUUUCGUAUGCUUCAUCCUGAGCUUUUAUAUGGCUUUGAUGUACGGUAUCUAUUACUUGAUGUUUGCUACUUUCCCCGGACUCUUUUCGACGGUGUACCACUUUAGCGUUGGAAUUGGAGGUCUAACGUACCUUGGAAUUGGCUUUGGAUUCCUAGCUGCCACCUUGUUUGGCGCCAGAGUUUCCGACAAGAUAUACUCACACCUUGCUGCCAAAAAUGGAGGAAAGGGUAAACCAGAGAUGCGCGUGCCUGCUCUGAUAUUCGGCUCGUUCUUUGUCCCAGUGGGACUAUUUUGGUAUGGCUGGUCUGCCCAAGCCGCGACCCACUUCAUGAUGCCUAUCAUCGGUACUGCUAUCUUUGGAUUCGGAUUAAUGACAACUUUCCUCCCUAUUCAACUAUAUCUCGUGGAUACAUUUACCUAUGCUGCAAGCGCUAUUGCAGCCGCUUCUACGUUGCGUUCAAUACUUGGUUUCGCGUUCCCUCUGUUUGGACAACAAAUGUUUGCGGCACUCGGCUAUGGUGGAGGCAAUUCCCUGCUUGCAGGUCUUGCCAUCAUCAUUGGUAUACCCUUCCCGGUCUGGAUAUAUUUCGCUGGCGAAGGCAUCCGCGCGAAGAGUUCCUUGGCUCGUUGAUUUGCCGCCUUCCUCCGAGAAUCAAGAUCAUCAGGGUAUGAUCAUCUCACACCCUUUCAGAAGCACCGAAUCACGACAACACCAACGUCACGCAUCAUUAUUGUAACAUCGUCGAAUUCUCGUUCAUGUCCGACUCAUUGAUGGGCACUUGCAAUGCGAAAGUCACCACUUUGUCAUGAACAUUGCAAAACUUGUGUAUUUUUUUCUGUGUAGGGCUAUAUAACCAGCUGUGUCAAUAGAAAGUUUCGAGAGAAACGGGCAAAUGGAACAACCUUAUUAAG